AUGGCUAGACCUCCCAAUAGCUGGGUGUGGGAACAUUUCCGGCAGGAUACUUCUCAGCCUGCGACUUCUACUCAUACCUCCGUGGAAUGUCAGAUUUGUAGCAAAGUUCUCCGAUAUUCGUCGAGAAAUGGACCCACUAAUUUGGCACGACAUCUGACACGUUCCCAUGAGAUGCAUCCACCGGAUUCGCAUAUUACUCGAAGGCCUUUUGAGUCCUCAUUCAUAAAGGAGCAGAACACAGAAACUAAUUCCGGACUUAUCAAGAAGUUCAACGAGGCCCCAGGUACUGUCAGAGCCAGCACCUCACUUCAAAAUUUACCAGCUGACGCAUUUGCAGAGCCACAUUCCUCAUUGCAAGGAGCGGGUGAGGCAGCUCAGUCAAUUACUGCUACUACUACAUCAGCUACAGAUGCUUCCAUUGAAAAUGUAUCGGUUACUAAUUCCCGCCCCAACGGCUAUCAUGCAGAAGAUGAGAGAAACAUCUCUGUUCUCAAAGUAUCUGCUUCAGAUUCAAGCUUGAAUUCUAGGUCUAACUUUAACACUGUUAAUGUUUCUAACGUUUCUAAUAACCCUAAUAUAUCCAGUACUGCCAUCUUCCAUAGGCCUUCCGCCAGUGGUGGCACAGCAAAGAUAUCGCCUGGAAACGAAACUCACGGCAUUUCUAAUGAAGGCAGAGUAGGAACCAUCGAUAGUGGCGAAAUAAGUGAUGAAGCAAUUUCUUCUGAAUUUCCAAACAAUGCUGGCCAGAUUCCCGAAAAUCAAAGUAAGAGGAAUUCAAAUCUUUAUGAUCAUAAUAACGCAAGAGGUGAAACCGAAGCAAUGAAUAUUGUAGAGAGACUUGAAUCAGCAAAUACAGCUGAGUCAGAAAAAGAUAAUAGAGAACGACCAGUUAAAGAAUUGAGUGACAAGUUAGCUGAUAACAGGGACCCAGAAUAUUUUAAACGUGCCAUUUUUCAUUCUCCUAACUCAGAGAAUAAGGUUAAGCGGGUACACUCCCGUACACAUAGUCGAUCAUUAAGUGAUGAUUUGUUUUCAUCCAACCCAUAUUCCACUGCAGGCAAUAUCACACGCAGUCCGAAUGAUCUAUCCUCUCCUUCCAUUGUUCACAAUCUCAAAAAUAAUUCCAGAUCUGAGUACGAGAAUUUUUCCAAAAAUGUUAACUUGUUUCCCAUAUAUAGAAUGGAAGUCGGAAGCAAAAGCAAGAAUCAGAAAAACAAAUUGUUUCCUCCUUCUAAUGCAAAAGCAGAGUCAAGUAGUACUUCCGAUGGCAAUGAGAUUGUUUCGGGAGUUGAAUCACCCCGCCUACCAUCUCAGCAAUUUUCUUCACCUCAAGUCAACUCCAAACAGUGGAAAAGAAAUCAGCACCAACAGCUAUCUCCUACCACUUUACGUCUUUCCAAUAUGACCCCUGGGGCAAUAACUUCGUUUGGUUCCCAAAUUACCCCAAAACAUUACAACCAGGUCGAUCAGCAGUAUUUUAAUAAUCAACAAAGUUACUUGUUUCCUGUGGGGAAUGUCGAGGCCACAUCGUCCAAUAAGUUGAUUAAUUCACAACUGAUUAAUAACGGAGGCAAUGCUGGUAAUGCUGAUGAUCAUAUACAGAAUAGAAAUCAUGUGACAAAUAUAUCGAUGAAUGCAAUGUUCAACUCAAGCAUCAACACCUUUGGGAAUUUGGACAACACCACUGUUACUAACAUGGAUGAUAUUGGAAGUGAAAAUGUUGAACCAGUUCCAGUUUUGAUAAGCGGAAUGAGACAUAAUUCAGCUGUGGUAGAAGGAAAUAAUUUGCCACAUAAAGAAAACGGCUCUAAAGAUAACUACGAAACGAAUUCCUUGUUCAACAAAGUUAGACGCCUGAAAGUUAGUAAUGAAGGAAGUCCACAUUCUAUGAAGAGUUCAACUUUUGGGAUACCGUCUAAUGUUAUGAUAAUGCAAGGCCUAGCUGGUUGUGAAAUUUCUCCAGGGCAUACUGUGAAUAGACAUCAAAGACAAACCAGCCAGCAGUUAAAACUAAGACUGCAAUUGCAGAUGCAAAGGCAGCAACAGCAGCAGCAAAUUGAGCAGCUGAAUCAGUUAGAACAGUUUGAACAGCUGGGACAAUUAAAUACUAUGGAUCAGUUGAAUCAAAUCAACCAAUUGAGCCAACUAAAUCAACUCAAUCAAUUGAGCCAACUUAGCCAAAUGAACCAAAUGAACCAAUUUAGCCAAUUCAGUCAAUUGAAUCAAAUGGGUCAAAUUAGUCAGAUUAAUCAACUAAACCAAAUGGGUCAGUUGAACCAAAUGGGUCAGUUGAACCAAAUGGGCCAAGCAAAUCAAAUCAAUCAAAUGGGAAAUUACCAGCAAAAAUUUGGGGCACAUAAAUUUAUUAGAUCCAACCCUAAUCCUACUGAUUCUCUUAAUGAUAUGCCACAAAUGGGAACAUUCUCUUUAUCUUCAGAAAACGGUUUAUCUUCUGCGGAUGCUAUUUCGAGUAAGAGAACAGGAAGUACUGUGCAGGUCUCGGCUGUUGAACAUACUGAUGAUGACUUCAAUGAAGGAGCUGAAGAAAGAGAGGACGGCAGAGUAAAUAAUACAUAUGUUGAUGGUAAAUCUACGAUCGCCAUGCUUAUGGAAGUUAUUCGAGUACUACAAAAUUCCAUAUUACGUAUUGAGGAGGAUACAAUGCAGCAGCGUAAUACCAUUAAACACUUACAGCAGAAAGUUGCUCGUGGGAUAAAUGAGAAACGUGGUUCGGGAUCAAGAACUCCUUAUGACUUACUGCCCUGGUCGGGGGAUGGUGAGAAAUUACCGUUGCUUACUGAUGUUUUAACUCUAUUCUCGUUGAGUGAUGCGCAGCUACAAGCUUACCUUUCUCUUUACGAGAUUGAAGAGGAGGAGGAAGAGAAAGGUUCUGAAUCAUCAGCAAAAAGCGAAUCCGAACAUAGUGAUGGCAAAAAAGCGAAUGACACUGACCACCAUGAAGGCGUAUCUGAGAGUGUCGGUCGCAUAUAUGGUAUAGACCAUAGUGACGAUGUAGCUGCCAACGAAGGAGCUUCAGCAGAAUUGGAAAUCACCAAGAAACAAGAGAAAGGUUAUAAUGAUUACAAGCAGGGCAAUCAUAAAAUUGGUAAGCCUAGGGCGAACCUGUUUAAGCUUGCUAGGUUCAUCGGAUGCAUUGAUGUUGAAAAGUAUUGGAAAGUGUUCUCCUCAGGAGGUGAAUUAUGA